CGUGCGCCUCCCGCGAGCCGCAGGAGGAGCCCGGCGCGCUGCUGCCCGAGCUCGGCAUGGCGGCCAAAGGGACCCGGCAGCGGCCGAGGGGAGGCGGCGGGGAGCCGGGCCGGCAGCGAGAGGAGGGGCCGGGGCCUGAGGAGGCCAAGGCGGAGCCAUCCGGGAACAAGGCAGGUCAGGUCUGGGCACCUGAAGGAUCCACAGCUUUCAAGUGUCUAAUCUCAGCUCGGUUCUGCGCUGCCCUCUUGAGUAACAUCUCAGAUUGUGAUGAGACUUUUAACUACUGGGAACCGAUGCACUACCUCGUCUAUGGGAAAGGGUUCCAGACAUGGGAAUACUCUCCAGUCUAUGCCAUUCGCUCCUAUGCUUACCUGUGGCUUCAUGCCUUGCCAGCCUUAUUCCAUGUUAGAGUUCUACGGACAAAUAAGGUUCUCGUCUUUUAUUUCCUGCGAUGUCUCUUGGCCUUCUUGAGUUGCAUUUGUGAGCUUUACUUUUAUAAGGCUGUGUGUAAGAAAUUUGGGCUGCAUGUGAGCCGGCUGAUGUUGGCCUUCUUAGUUCUCAGCACUGGGAUGUUUUGCUCAGCUGCAGCCUUCCUCCCCAGCAGUUUCUGUAUGUACACCACAGUGGUUGCCAUGACGGGCUGGUAUAUGGAUAAGACCUCAAUAGCGGUGCUGGGUGUGGCAGCUGGAGCCAUCGUGGGUUGGCCUUUCAGUGCAGCUCUUGGGCUACCUAUUGCCGUUGACUUGCUGAUAAUAAAGCGGAGGUGGAGGAGCUUCGUGAACUGGUGUCUGGUGGCCCUGAUCCUAUUUUUGGUUCCCCUUGUGAUUGUUGACAGCUACUACUAUGGGAAGCUGGUAAUCACUCCUCUCAACAUUGUUUUAUACAAUGUCUUCACACCUCACGGACCCGAUCUUUACGGUACUGAGCCCUGGUCCUUCUAUUUUAUUAAUGGUUUCCUGAACUUCAAUGUGGCGUUUGCUUUGGCCCUGCUUGCCCUGCCGCUGACCUCCCUCAUGGAAUGUCUGCUACAGAAAUUUCAUGUCCAGAAUCUGGGUCGCCCAUAUUGGCUUACGCUAGCUCCUAUGUACAUCUGGAUCCUGAUUUUCUUCAGUCAACCCCACAAAGAGGAGAGGUUUCUGUUUCCCAUAUAUCCUCUCAUCUGUCUCUGUGGAGCUGUGGCUCUCUCUGCCCUACAGAAAUGUUACCACUUCGCAUUCCAGCGUUACCGCUUGGAGCACUACACAGUCUCCUCCAACUGGCUGGCUCUGGGGACGGUUUUUCUCUUCGGACUCUUGUCACUCUCGCGUUCUGUGGCUUUAUUCAAAGGCUACCAUGGGCCUCUGGACCUGUAUCCAGAAUUUCAUAGGAUUGCCACUGAUCCGACUAUUCACACAGUGCCAGAGGGGAGGCCAGUUAAUGUCUGUGUGGGGAAGGAGUGGUACCGAUUUCCGAGCAGCUUUCUCCUGCCAGAUAAUUGGCAGCUCCAGUUCAUCCCAUCAGAGUUCAGGGGCCAGUUACCGAAACCGUUUGCCAAGGGACCAAUGGCCACACGGCGCAUUCCUGAAGACAUGAAUGACCAAAACAGGGAAGAGCCAUCCAGAUAUAUUGACAUUUCCAAAUGCCAUUACCUGGUGGAUUUAGAUAGAGCGAUUGAAACAUCAAGGGAGCCGAGAUACUCCGCCAACAAAGAAGAAUGGGUCAGCAUUGCCUACAAACCAUUCCUGGAUACUUCCAGUGCUGUGAAUCUUCUCCAAACCCUUCAGAGGGAGCUUUCCAACCAUGGGAGUCUGAGUGUGGGUCACAUUUUAGGGGUAUCUCAGACACCUCCCUUCCUAUAUGUGAUUCCAUGGACCAUCUAUAUAGAUUUUUAUGCUACCACCCAUCACUGUAGUGGAUGUUGUGUAGUCUCUGGCACUUGCCCCUUUUUAAGUGCAAUUUAGCAGCUGAAAUGGAUGAGGACAGCCAACACCACAUGGCCAGUCAUUUCUUUGCAGACCACCAGUGGCAGACGGACCACAGCUUGAGAACCUCUGGUGGAUGUAGCCAUUGCAAUAUUCUCCGUCAGUGUGAUCUGACUCCACAGUAUAAAGUAUUAUGUGUGCUGGUCUAUUCUGUUUAAGCUGCAUUUAUUAAAAAAACCUGAAGGGUGAUACAAAAGUUUCAUUUUCAAAGGCUGCUUCUUUUAAGUCUUGUGAUCUGAAGGCCAUUUGCUUUAAAGUGAAUCAAUAGCUUUUCCCCUGCCAAAGGGCCCACACAGAGAGCUAUUCAAAUCCAUGAUGUGAAAAAAGUCCAAAGUAUGACUGUCAACCUCUAACCAACAACUAAGAAAUCCUUCAGCGUGGCAAGUAGGGACUAAACAUGGUUUGACUCUACCCAAACAUAAUACACCAAGAUUAAAAUUAUAAUGUAGUAACAUGGGCAUUCUCAUGUUUGUUACUGUGUGAAUAAACUCAUUUGUGAACAA